CAACCAACUCUCCUCUCCUCUCACUACAACACACACAUAUCCAUUCUUGUUCCGAUGGCGGGUCGCGAUACCAUGCCGACAACCACCAAGAACCCCCUAUUGGCGGGUGAGAAGCUGCCACAGGGAGCCAAGACCCCGACCCUGAGUGGAGGAGCAUCCACUCAGAACCCUCUCGAUCACAGGAUGCAUAACCCUGUGAUCGAUCACAGGGUCCACACUCCCAUGGCGGAUCACAGUGUGAGGCCUAGCCACGAACUUGAUCACGUCUCCACGAAGCCCCUCUCCCUGAGAUCGGGCAUGACUGCUCGUGGCCACCCGAUGUCCGGGGAGCGUGGCUUCUUCUCGUCCGACGAGAGCGCCCUCAACAAGCAGAUCCAGGCGACUCAUGCACCCGACAUGGAGGAUAUGAACGUGAGGCCGAUCCUCAUCAUCAUCGAGGACAUCCUGCGCCUCGCCCAGCCUUCAGGCGACGCUCACACUACUACUACUCCUACUACUGCUACUACUCAUGCUUAUCCUCUUCUGGACAAGCCGGCCGAUAAGGUUUCUCACGGUGGUGCAUACCACGACGAGAAGUCUUACCAGGCGAAUUAUCGCGAUGAGAAGCCCUACCAUCAGCCUUCUUAUCGCGACGAGAAGGCCUACCACAACAACAUCUCGUAUCUCGACACAGAGAUAGUCAAAGUGCUAGCCUAUCCCAUCAACAGGGUCUCAUGUGAGAUCGUCUGCAAAUCUGCCGGUGGGGGAGAAUCACACCAAGUGACAAUGGACCUCCUCAAAUCCCUAACAAGCUACACCUGGGACGCCAAGAUCGUGAUCGCCUUCGCGGCCUUCGCCAUCAACUACGGCGAGUUCUGGCUGGUGGAGCACCUCCACACCAAGAACCCCCUAGCCAAGAACAUCGCCACCCUCAAGGACCUGCCGGACACCCUAGCCGUGGCCGGCGGGGGCGAGCUGAGGAAGCAGUUCGAUGCCGUGAUCGACCUGCUCACCGAGAUACUCAAGGUCACUCACUGCAUCAUCGAGUUCAAGGAGCUCCCCCCUCUCUACAUCAGCACUCAGUCGCCCGAGAUCACCGCUGCCACCGCCCACAUCCCCUCCGCCGUCUACUGGAGCAUCCGGGGCCUCCUCGUCUGCGCCGCCACGCUCCUCAACCUCAUCGGCGGCGGCCAUGAGUACAUCACCUCCACCUCUGCCUCGUGGGAGAUACUGAAUCUGGCCCACAAGCUCAAAGUCAUACUCGACCACUUACAGAAUCAAAUGAAGAUUUGCAAGGAAAUCAUUGAGAGGAAAAAGUUUGAAGAUGCCUACAUCAAGUUCAAGAGGCUUCUAGAAACAGCUCACAUCGACAACAUGCGAGUUCUUACCGAACUCUUCCGAUUCAAAGAAGAUCAAAGGCCGCUCUACGACGGCUCAAGAAGGACUAAUGAGCAAUUGACGGUACUGAAGAUGAAGUACGUCCUGCUCCUGAUCUCGGAUCUGGAGCUCCCCCCGGAGGAGCUCCACGUGCUCCACAUCAUCCACAAUGAGCGGUCGGUGAGGCACGACUACGAUGUCCUGUGGCUCCCGAUCAUGGCCCCGGGGAACGUCAUGACGGCCUUCGAGGAGAAGAAGUUCUACGACCUCCGGAACAGCAUGCCCUGGUACUCCGCGGACCACCCGUCCCUUGUCAACCCGGUCGCCAUCAGGUAUGCCCGCGAGGAGCUUAAGUUCACCCAUAGGCCGAUGCUCGUGGUCCUCGACCCGCACGGGAAGCUCUCUAACCACGACGCCCUCCCAAUGAUGUGGAUCUGGGGCGCCAAGGCCUUCCCCUUCACCAAGGAUUGGGAGAGGAAGCUCUGGGAGGAGAGCGAUUGGAACAUCGAGCUCCUCGCAGAUCACAUCGAUCCCCGCAUCCAGGAAUGGAUCAAUGGGAACAAGGUGAUCUGCCUGUACGGUGGGGACGACAUAGUCUGGAUCCGGAGCUUCACUACGGCGGCUCGGGCCGCGGCCCGGACCGUCGGGGUGACUCUGGAGAUGCUCUACGUGGGCAAACGGAACCCGAGAGAGAAGGUCCGGCAGUGCCACGAGGCGAUCACGCGGGAUAAUCUGAGCCACAUCUUCGCGCCGGAGUACUACGACUACGUGUGGUACUUCUGGGAGCGGCUGGCGAGCAUGUGGAACUCGAAGAAGCAGAUCGGGCGGACCGUGGACGACGACGUGAUCAUGAAGGGAAUCCUGGACCUGCUGACCUACGACAGCAGCGAGAAGGGGUGGGCGGUGUUCAGCCGGGGGAACGUCGAGAUCACGAUGGGGAUGGGGGAGAAGGUGCUGCCGGUGGUGGAGAGGUACGCGGACUGGGCGUACGAGGUGGACCACCCGGACAAGUUCGUGCCCGUGCUGGACAAGCACUUGUCCGGGUUCCACCCCGAGCACCACUGCCACCGCCUCAUCCUACCGGGGCAGGCAGGGUACAUACCCGAGACGGUGACGUGCACCGAAUGCGGGAAGACUAUGGACAAAUAUGUUAUGUACCGCUGCUGCACCGACUGAGGAUGAGGACGAGGACGAGGACGAGGACGAGGACGAGGACAGGGAGCGCCUCGCGAGGCCAGUGGAGAUAUAUAGAUGAAAUAAAAAUUUGAAGGUGUUUUUUUUAUUUAUUAUUAUUGUUGUUGUUAUUGCUGCGCUUUUGUUCAAGAGUGUUGCUGUUGGUGGCUGCUGAGUGAUUUGUAUUACUACUAUUUUUAUAUCCAUCAAUAAGAUCUGCAUUGUUUGUUUUUUGUUUA